ACAGCUUGCAACCUCACCACGACCAGCACCCUCUCACUGCACACCAUCUACCAGUUGCUAUUGAGUAUAUUCAAUCAAAAUCAUACAUAAUGGGAAAGGAUCACUCUGACAAGAAGAUUAAGAAGGAGAAGAAAGAGAAGAAGGAAAAGCGCGCCGAGGAAAACGGCGUUGUGAAGGUGAAGAAAGAGAAGAAAGAAAAGAAGAGCAAGACAGUUGACAGCGAUGUGAAAGUCACAAAAGCCUUGGAGGCAGAACUUGAAAGGGCCGCUUCACCAGAGGUAUCACUGGUGAGACUGGACGACGAUGGGGAUGUCUCGAUGCAAGACAACAAGCCCGCACUGGGUUCGCUGGUACCGUUUGCGAACCCUCUUGCAGACGACCCUAAGGAAAUCAAGAAGAUCUUGCGAACGGUUAGGAAAUCGGCCAAAACCAAGACUCUGAGACGCGGCGUUAAGGAAGUCGUUAAAGCUCUUCGCAAGUCGGAGGCCGCCACUCCCUCAGCUGCCAACAUGGCGGACCCACCUGCCGUUUGUAUCAUUGCCGCCGACAUCUCUCCUAUGGACGUCAUCUCGCACAUCCCAGUCCUCUGCGAAGACCACCUCAUUCCAUACAUCUACAUCAGAUCGCGGGCGGAACUCGGCGAAGCCAGCGCGACAAAGAGGCCAACUAGUGUCGUCAUGAUUGCUAGAGAGCGUGUGUCAAAGAAGGUGAAGGAUAUCAAGGACAGUGAUGUGAAGGAAUUCCAAGAUGCAUACGGUGAUCUAGUUAAGCUUGUCAUCAAGGCGUCGAGAACUGUGCGGAAAUGAGGAAGUCAGUUCAGUAUGGAUUGAAGUCUCUUUGCUAUGGCGUUGUGUCGUUACAACGGGAAUGGAGUCUGGCGUUCAAUGCCUACGGGCCGGGAUCUAUACAGCAUCCAGAGAGCCAUAAUCGGGAGUAUCCAGAGGCCGGCUAGCUUCUGAGUUUCAAUCUCGUUCAAGACCUGCUUCGAAGUAGUCCUUAUGUCCGAUAAAUCCUGUUGUG